GAUAAUCGAGAUGGUUACAAUAUAGCACUUAAAUUGUGUGAUAUUAAAUAGUUAAAGAUUAAUGCAUUCAACGUUAAUUCUGUAUGCUAUUAAAAACAUCUAGCUGGAUUUGAAUGCAAACAAAUUUGUCAAGUACAACCUAAUGACAGAUGAAACAUGUACAACACUGUAUGCUGUCAAAAAACAAAAUAAUGCCAGUAAAAAUAUUUUUGAGACUCGUGGUCAUUCUUUGGGCCAGUGGAUGUUCAGAUGGAGACAUUGGUGAAGCAAAACAAUGCCUUGAAAGUGGUUGCAAGGGUACUAGCAAUGAGGACUGUACAGUACGCUGCAAUAAUAUGAAUCUAACUGAUGGACUGCCAAAAAUAAACCCACAUGUAAGAGAGUUGGAGAUUUGUGAUUCUCUGAUGCCAACUAUCAAGAGCUACAACUAUGAACCCUUGGUUAGGUUAGUCAAAGUCUACAUUAAUGCUUCAAAUGUAACGCAUGUGAACAUUGAUGCGUUUGAGAGAAUGCCAAAUAUUGAACUUUUGCACAUAGAACACAAUAACCUGACCAGUGUAUUAAAUGCAGGAUUUAACUUGAAGCAUCUCAAUGAACUUAGCCUGAUAAAAAAUAAUAUCAGAAAUAUCAACUUUUCAUCGACCAAAUUGAUUAAAAAUAAACUAAAAAUUUCCUUGUCUCAUAAUCCUAUAAAGAACAUACUCCCUGGAACGUUUACAGGCUUCAAAGAUAUCAAAAAUGUGUCUUUAUUCCUAAGAGACAUACAAAUACGAAAACUGGCAAUAGACACAUUUAGUGGUUUAAAUGAACUAAAUGAGUUGGACAUUAGUGACAAUGAUCUAGGUGCAGAUGGUUUAGAAAGUAUUGCAAACAGUAUAACUGGAAAAAACAUAAAAAUACUAACAGCGGCAAACUGCUCAAUGAAGUCAGUGAAACCAGAGAGUUUUGAAAAGUUGAGCCAUGUUCAACGACUAAAUCUCAGUUGCAAUUUUUGGGAAACAUGGCCAAAUAAUACUCUGAAACAUCUGAAAAAUCUAGAAUCAUUAACAAUCAACGAUAGCCCUUAUUUUGCAUUUUUUGAAGCAAGUAACGAAAUGAAAAAUGUGAAAUAUUUAUCAUUCCAUUCCAACGCACUUUUGAAAACAAAUACAAUUUCUAUUAUUUUCAACAACUCCCAAAAGUUGGAAUAUUUAAACAUAAGUGACAAUCACUUUCAAGACAGAGUAAAAGAGAUCAGUCCAUUGGAAACGUUAAAAGUAUUUGACAUGUCGCAAAACAAUCAUCCCUUGGUCAAAGAACGAGUGAAUUACUACAAAAUAAUGCCAAACCUUACAACAUUUAAUAUGCGCAAUGUCAAUUCCGAACACCAAGAAGAAGGGGACUUUGACUUGGGAGAUGUUGCUUUGACUAACAUGUCAUAUCUGCAGAACCUUGAUUUGAGUCAUAAUACCGCAAUUCUAAUGAAUGAACAUGUUAAGUUCAGUUAUUCGGGCUUAAAAAGCCUUAAAAAUGUGAACCUUUCUUACAAUAAGUUACAGGACUAUCAUAGUGCUUUACUCGAAUUAUUCAAACUUUUUGCAUCAGUUGAAAUUCUGGACUUAUCAGGGAACAGUCUCAUUGAACUGCCAAAGCACAUGUUUGAAUCAUUGACGGCACUAACUGAGCUACAUCUGGAAGACAAUCGGUUAACAUACUUUUCAAAAAGAUAUCUUCGGAGAAAUCUAAAUAUAAAAAGUUUGCAUCUUCAAAUUAAUUCCAUAAAAUACAUUAGUGGAUUAGCAUUUGUACAUUUACAACAUCUGAGUAUGCUAAACAUAAGCCAAAACUCUUUCCUAUGUAACUGUAAACUGAGAAAGUUUAGAGACUGGAUGCAACACAGAAAAUAUAUUGUCCAUGGCUAUGAUCAAAAAUGUGUGAUACCUUCAGCAAUGAAUAAAUCGAGUAUUAUCUCAUUUGAAAUCUCGUGGAUAGAAUGUGAUAACAUGUGGAUUAUCCUAGUAGCCCUAAUUGUUACGAUCUGUUUGAUUCUUGGGAUUCUAUUGACAUAUUUUCGAUGGGAUAUCAAAUACUGGUGGAUUCUGCGUAGAUCGAGGCGACGUCGUAAUGGCUACACAGAGCUAAAUGACACCAUUGGGGGCAGAUACCAGUAUGAUGGAUUUGUGUCAUAUAACGGUGAAAGCCAGAAAUGGGUCAUCGACUACAUGUUACCAAAUAUGGAACAAUCCCAAGAUGACGUGAAUUUCAAAAUCUGUUUUGAUGGACGUGACUUCAUACCUGGAAAGUACAUCGCUGACAAUAUCAUAGAUUCCAUACAACAAAGUCGGAAACUGAUUUUUGUCAUAACAGAAAAAUUUAUCAAGAGCCAAUGGUGUGGUUUUGAGCUAGAGAUGGCCAACUUGAGACAAUUCGACGAAAAGAGAAACCUUGUUGUGCUUAUAUUCCUUGAGGCAAUACCGAAAAAGAAACUACCACGUAAAAUCAGACUUCUAAUGAAACACAUGACAUAUAUAGAAUGGGACAAAGAGAAUGCACGGGCCCAGAGUCUGUUCUGGAAGAAGCUAAAGCUAUGUAUGAUGGAUGAACCAAAUAACCUUAUGUUUGGACAAAAUCCAUGAAUUGGAUCAAACGCUAGAAACAAGGGGAUAAUAAUAUUAUAGCCAAUCAGAUAUGUAAAUGUAACCAGUAUGCGUUCAUAUAUUAGGUGGUGAAUGGUGAUGCUUAUGGAUGGACAAUGUACUUUUAGCACUACAUGGUUUUGUGUAUAUAAUAUGAUGAAUUGAUGUUUUGUGUGACUAUGUAAAAUUGUAAAUGGAUGAAUGUACUAUAUACAUAUGCACAGGU